UCCUACAUCAACACAACCAUGCUUCGUUCUCUUCUUACCACUGCUGCUCGUCCUAACACUUUACGUUUAGCUCGUCCUGUUACUGCUCAUACUAUGCGUCACUAUGUUUUCCCUGCUGGUCAAAAAGAAUUUUUGAAUGAAGACCUCAAGACGGGUGACCCUGAAAUGUAUAAUAUCAUUGAAAAUGAAAAGAAACGUCAACGUGAUAGUAUUUGUUUGAUUCCUUCUGAAAACUUUACGUCCAAAGCGGUGAUGGAUGCUCUUGGUAGUGUGAUGCAAAAUAAGUACUCUGAAGGUUAUGUGGGUGCCCGUUAUUAUGGUGGUAAUGAAUUCAUUGAUAUGUCCGAACAACUUUGUCAAACCAGAGCUUUGGAGGCUUUUGGUCUUGACAAUGAAAAAUGGGGUGUCAAUGUUCAACCUUUAUCUGGUGCUCCUGCCAAUUUAUAUGUUUAUGGUGCUGUUAUGAAACCUCAUGAUCGUUUGAUGGGACUUGAUUUACCUCAUGGUGGCCACUUAUCUCAUGGUUAUCAACUUCCUAACAAGAAGAUUUCUUAUGUAUCUUCCUACUAUGAAACAUUACCUUAUCGUUUGGAUGAAAAGACUGGUCGUAUUGAUUAUGAUGAAUUGGAAAAGAACGCCCUCCUCUUCCGUCCAAAGGUCAUCAUUGCUGGUGCAAGUGCUUAUGCUCGUAACAUUGACUAUGCUAGAAUGAAAAAGAUUAGUGACAAGGUAGGCGCCUAUUUGAUGGCUGAUAUUGCUCAUAUUUCUGGUUUGAUUGCUGCUGAUGUAUUACCUGGACCUUGGGAAUAUGCCGAUAUCGUCACCACUACCACUCACAAAUCACUCCGUGGUCCUCGUGGUGCUAUGAUCUUCUACCGCAAAGGUCUUCGCAGUGUUGAUAAGAAAGGAAAAGAAACAUACUAUGAUCUUGAAAACCCCAUCAACCAAUCUGUUUUUCCUGGUCAUCAAGGCGGACCCCACAACCAUACCAUUGGCGCAUUGGCAGUAGCACUUAAGCAAGCUCAAUCCCCGCUUUUCAAAGAAUACCAACAACAAGUCUUGAACAAUAACAAAGCAUUUGCUGAUGCCUUUGUCAAUCUCAAAUAUGAUCUUGUAUCUGGUGGCACCGACAAUCAUUUAUUACUCGUCAAUUUGAAACCCAAGGGUGUAGAUGGUGCUCGUGUGGAACGUGUGUUGGAAUUGGUGAACAUUGCUGCUAACAAGAACACUGUGCCUGGUGAUACCUCUGCUCUCCGUCCCAAUGGUCUUCGUAUCGGUACCCCUGCUAUGACUAGUCGUGGAUUCAAGGAACAAGAUUUUGUCAAGGUUGCUAAUUACAUUGAUCGUGCUGUCCAAAUCGCUGUUGAUAUUCAAUCCUCUACCUCCUCCAAACUAUUGAAGGAUUUCAAGGUCGCCUGCGAAGGAAACAAGGACAUUGAAGCUCUCAAGACUGAAGUCGCUCAAUUCUCUUCUCAGUUCCCCCUCCCUAGUGUAGCUGAAUUCUAGUUGACUUUAUCAUCAUUAUUAUUAUUUAGAAUCUUUUUAAUCAUACAUCACAUUUAUCUAUUUUAUUUUAUUUUAUUAAGUAAAAAAACACUCGAUACACAAUACAUACAAAAAAAUAUCAUCAUAUAUAUUGUUCAAAUUCCUCAUUGAACAGUGAAGAUUAGUCUUAUCGAAAAUGGAAUAAAAGUUUGAUCUUUCUUUU